AUGAGCCCGCCUAUGGAGCCUCGGCCGAAGUCGAAGGGGGCGAGGGUGGAGUCGGUCAAGCCCAGGCCGAGGAGGGGGCGGGCGGAGGGCUGCACGGAGGAGAGGCUCCCGCGGAGGCCCGCGGCCAGAAGCGUGGUCUACCAGAGGGCGUUUGAAGGUGGGGCCGGGACCGUGGGAGGCUCUGUGGAAAUUGAGGAGGCCACCGGUGUUGCCCCAGUCGAAGUCGGACGGGACGAGGGUGGGGUCGGUCAAGCUCAAGCCGAGGACGGGGCGGGCGGCGGGCAGCAUGGAGGAGAGGCUUCCACGGAGGCCCGCAGGAGGAAGCGCGGUCUACCGAAGGUCUACCAGCGGACUUUUGGAGGUGUGCUUUUGACGAUAUCUCAUUGCAGGUGGGGCCGGGACCGGAGGAGGCUCUGUGGAAUUGAGGAGGAGGCCCCCGGUGUUGCCCCAGCCGUAGUCGGAGGGGGCGAGGGUGGUGUCGGUCAAGCCCAGGCCGAGGAGGAGGCGGGUGGCGGGCAGCAUGGAGGAGAGACUCCCACGGAGGCCCGCGGUCAGGAGCGUGCUCUACCUGAGGGCUUUGAAGAUACUGCGGACGACGGGCAGUACUCGGAAUGGUUUGACGUCGGCCAAGGUCUCCGACAGGGGUGCAACCUGGCCCCGCUGCUGUUCGACUUGUUCUCUGCCGCGAUGCGCAUGGUCGCAGUGACCGAGUUCGACAAGGACCCCAAGGUGACGGCGGAUAUGAUCAAGAUCGCAACACGAGUGGAGUGCACGGGCAAGAGGGGCAGGUCGGCGGGGAAGAAGGCGAUGAUGGUGACGGUCGCAGAGGCCCUGUGGGACAUGCUCUACGCUGACGACGCGGCCAUCGUCUCGCUCACGCCGGAGAGCCUCGAAAAGAUGAUGUCCAUCAUCGUGCGCGUGGCCGGCCUGUUCGGACUGAUGGUAUCGGAGCCAAAGACGGAGAUCAUGUGCAUGCUACCGAAAGGGCUGGGGGAACGCCCGUUCGCGGUCAGCGCCGCUGGCCAGACGUACAAGCAGACAGAUCGGUUUGUGUACCUCGGACGUACCAUCUGCGCGGAUGGGAAGGUCGACCGGGAGAUCACGAGCCGCAUCUGCCGAGCAUGGAAGUGCUACCGCCGGAACAGCACUUCGAUGUACGACAGGAAACGGGCCAACCGCCAGCUCAAGAUCCGACUACUCCAGGCUGAAGUGGUGCAGACCCUCCUAUACGGGUGCGCCUCGUGGAGCCUGGCAGCGGAGCACUACACCAAGCUGAAUGGGACCCACCGCCAGUUCCUGACACGGUGUAUCGGCUGGAGCAAGCGGAAGCGCUCAGACCGACCCCUGUCCUACGCCCAGGCCCUCAUCCAGGCCGGCUGCGAGGAAACCAUCGAGGCCACCGUGCGCAAACGGAGGCUGUGUUUUGCGGGCUUCGUUAUGCGCAUGGAGGACAACCGCCUCCCCAAGCGCAUGCUGCUGGGAGCGAUGGCGGGGGGUACCGGAUACCGGGGCGGGCAGGAGAGCGACUGGGUGUAUCGCCUAGGAGAGGACCUCGUGGCGUUUGGCAUGAAAGAGGAGAAGGAGGGGGGGAGAUGGAAAGAGAGCGCCAAGGACCAGGAGGCGUGGUACGACAAGAUCGAGGACGGGGCGGCAUGGUUCAUGAGGAAAUGGCACAGACAGGAGGCGGAAGCAUCCGCGAAGCGCCAGCGCCAGCGCGCGGAGGAAGCAAAGACGGAGAGUACGGCCGCCCCGGGCCCGAAGAGAAAGAGAAUCGGGGAAGCGGCGGGGGGGGGGAAGAAACGGCGACCGGACACUGCUGUAGAAGCGAGUAGGGCGGCCAAGGCCGCGCUUGCGGCGAACGACGUACCCAACUGAUGAUGUUGUCGCACCCUGUGUUCCCUUUUCCCUGCCGUAAGCUGUAUGCUCUUAGUAUUGCCUCCGGCCUCUCUUUGUGCUUUUCUUCUUUCUUUCUUUCUUGUUCUCCAUGCCCUCUCUACGAUGAUCUUGGACGAUACCUCGAGCUCCUUGUUAUUUUUGUUUUUUCCUUUGCUGGCUGCCUGCCACCUCUGCUGCCUCUUUGGUGCGGUGCCUACCCUACACUAAUGCGCUGGUGCAUACUGCACUGCUGUAGUACCUGGUACUGGUGUACGUUGUCCUUCGAUUUUUUAUUUUUUUUGUGGGAAUAUAUAUGUGUUUGUUUUUCGCCCCCCGUCUUGCUGCACCCCCUGGGGUGUGGUGCAGGGCGGGGGAUGCCUGGUCGGCGGGAACCCGGCACGGAACCCUCCGGCGUUGUAGGCGGGUGUGGGAAGCGUUCCCCGUUCUCCUUUUAUUUUAUUUUGAUCGGUCUCCUCGACGCUCUUUCUCGUUUGGUGCGGUAGCUGGUCUUUCUUUCUAUCAUUUUGUUUCUCUUCCGAGUGGUUUUUGUACCCUAUUUUUUUCUGUUUCUUCGUGGGGUCGUGUAUGCCGGGUUUUGAGACCACGGGCUCCCAAUCUUUUUUUUUUAGAGCUAAUGUGAGAAACAACAACAACAACAACAAACUGCAGCGGGGCAAGCACGGGCGGCUGACUAUUUUUUUAUGGGGCCUAGGGGCUGUGCCUGUGGAGGUGAAUGGGAUUUAUGUACACGGGCGCGAAACCCAUUGUUAUUCUUAGUAUUCAGCUUGACACAUUAAUAAGGGCCUGUUUCGUUUUUUGCAGGCGGGUGUAUGUGCACGGGUGACUGCAUUUUUUUUUUGUGGUACUUUAAGGGCUGACCACAUUCAUUAGGGCCUGGCUUUUUUGAAUGGGAUGUGCUGUCUUGCAUGCGCCCCCCCCCCUUUGAUGUGGCCACGCGCGCGUCAUGGUUCUUACACAUUGACCGGUCUUGAUGGCACUUCCCACGACCUCGAUCGGGAGAAACACAACGUGGACGGGAGAAACGAUGCAUUACAAGAACACGAGCGUGAAAUAUCCUUCAAGGUCCCAAAAAUACACGGGCGGCUGGACACAUUCUUAAUUCUUAUUUUUGUGUUGGGCUUGCCACAUUCAUUACGGUCUGGAUCGAGGGAACACCCGUAGCCACUCGGCUUGGCCUGCGAAGACACUCGGGGAAUUUCACCCGGUGCAUACCCUGUCGAUGCCUUGAGGAGGUGCCUACACCCUUGAUCGCCUGGAUGGGGAUCCAACCCUGUGACAGGGAGUUCUUUCACUUUGCAAAACUCUUCAAUUUGGCGGGAGAAUAUGUUGUACCCAAAGGGUCAUCAGUUAUUUGUUUUGUUGUUGGCGUCGUCGCGAGAGAUCAUUUUCCUUGAUUACGCGCGACGGCGCCAACCAUAUCCUUGACAACGCGCGCUCUUAGCGUCAUCAACAUCAUGCACACUUUUGGCUGUGGGUGUGGAUCCUGCCUCCGGGAAAGUUGUGCCACACUCCUCUCGUGGUGAUCUUCUCUGGGCGGCAAGAUUUUGGACACAAAAUUUUGUGCGCCUCCCGCUCGUUUAUUUUGCCUAAUUGUAGCGAAUAUUUUCUGAGGGGAUGCUAGCAUCAAUUCCAUUGCUACUCUAGACUUGCUGACCCUCGUCAAGCAGCCCGCUGCCCGUGUCAUCACCAGAUGGCAGAAACAAACAAAAUCGAAAAGGGGGGGCGGGCGAAGAUAGGAAUCACGGGGGGGGGGUCUACAGGUUUGGCCGUUGGAAUUUCCGCACCUCUCCACCUCCCACACCUCACCUCCCACACGCCGGUGGUUCACACACGCUAUGGCCAUAGACAGAGAUAGGUACGAAUGGGCAUUGAAGCCACGGGGGGACCGUGGUGAAGUUCUUGCUCGCUCUCUUCAGUUCUCGGAGGAUGGACGACGAAAGAGAGCACAUGCCACGUGAUCAGCGUGCGCGUGGGUUUCAACUCCUGAUGCGCGAUGCCAGCAGCACCUACGGGACCGUGGGCUCGGAGAUGCUCUCGCGCAAGACAUGUACCUGGAGAAGUUGGCGUACGACCGGCUGCCGCGGCUUUUUGAGGGUCCGAAUUACGGAGAAAGGAGAGGAUCAAAGGGUAAAGGGCUUUGAAGGGCUGCGUUGAGGCGCUACUGCUGUAGCAGUGGAGCGCAACAGACAGGGAGAGUUAUGUGCGAAAGGCGGUGGCAGCGACGAGCAGGGGUGAUACGGAAGGAGCCAGGGAAAAAUGGAGCGCGUAAUUAUGCAAGCGGAGAUCCAGAAGAUGCUCAAAAUCAGGAGGCGCUUGGAGAAAGCGUACCGGUAGAUAGGGAGGUUUAGUGGGGGGCGAUGUUGUUGCUAUUGGAUGGUGUUCAAUUGUUCGCCGUUGGUUUUUGUGCACAUUUGCAACACUACGCCGAGGACUGGUCUUGCGUCACUCCUACUGGUGCAUUGCAAUCGAGAACCAUACUGGAGCGAUUGCUUCGUGCUAGUCGCCGCCUAGGGCUGUAGCAGCAGAGCUUUGACUGAGCUUUGUUUCUUGUGUUCGCGAGGUUGUUCCCGGUGGAAACGGCGCAGGCGGCGAUACAAACAAGCAGCAAAUAUGGUGCAUGAUGAACGGUAGUAGUCUAUCGUUGAGAUGCCGACUGGAUGCGAAGCACUUCGAAGGUAUGUUGAUGUUGUAUAGUACGGCGGUUGUUGACGAUGUUUGGUACGAUGUUGUGGCCGCAA